UUUUUUGUUUAUUUAAAUAAAUAAAUGUAUUAUAUAUUGCAGCUCAGACAACCUCGGAGAUGGAUACAAUGUUAGCCAAACAGAACAAAUUAAUCAAGAAGUUGAAAACAGAAUGUCGUAAACAGGCAGCUCAACUGGAAGAAAUACUGAAGAAAAACAGAGCUGAGAGUGGUAAAUUAAAGCGUCAUAAUGAUGAGUUAAGGAAUCGUGUACAGAGAUCUACAGCGAGAUUGAAGGAUCUGGAGGAUCAGGUAGAACAACAUUCACGUGUACAGGAGAAGAUGACGGAGAGACUAAAGAUGAUGGAUGACCACUCUCAACAUCAGGGUACUCAGGUGAUGGAAUUAUUAACACGUCAACAGAGUCUGAUGAGAGAUAGAACUGUGCUAGCACGAGAGCUCGAGUUCUUACGCAGAAAUAUUUCACGCAACAACAAGGAAGAAAUCUCAAGUUUUGUAUCAUCUAAUAAACUACUUGUUGAUGAAGUUUUAGACAAUGUCAGGUCUGAUGAAUUAGAGAAGAAAGAAAGUUAUGUGACAAAAACAAUGGAGAAAAUUGAUAUAAAUGACUUGUGAUAGUUUAUACAUAUAAAUAUACUUGCCCAGUUUGUAGACUAAUUUAGAGAUGAGCUGUGUAAAUGUCACAGAUAUGGGUAAUUUACUUAUUUAUUUGUUUACAAAUGGUCUGCGGUAUGCUAAU